GUCAUCACAGUCGCCAGUGCGUUGUGUCCACUCAAAGUAUUAAUAAUUCAUAAUAUUAUUAUUGUUUAAUAACCACUCUUAGAAAAGUGAAAGCCGUUGAAAAUGCUGACUCUAAUUUUAAGAAGUUUGGUAAUAUUUUUGGCUAUAUCUUCAGCAACAGCUUCUCUCCAGACCCUCUUCCCGGCCGAAGAUCAAGAAUACCAGUAUUCCCUGAAGAGUAACGUGUCUUCCGGACCCCUCACUCCUCAGGAGUGCUCCUUCUGGACUCUCGAGGCUCGGCUGCUGGUCACCGUAUAUGAUAACUUCACAAGGGUCAGAUAUAAGCUGGAAGGCCUAAAGACGUCGGUGUACAGCAAAAAUCAGGGGUACUCCUCGUACCAGUCAGCAGAGGCCGCUAGACUGCUUGGACAGCCCUGGGAAGUCGAUUACCUGAACAAUGGAAUCAUCAGCAGUGUGUAUGUCAGUCAGGAGCCAGUUUGGUCCCACAAUAUGAAGAGGGCGUUGGCACUCAACUUUCAGCUCAGCAACGAUUCUUAUAAAGAGCCCUGCCUCUAUGAAACCUGUGUAGCUGUCUACAUCAAUCAGGGACGCACCAUCCGCAAAUACACCAACUCACAGCUACUAGGUGCGUCAGCUGAGCGCUCUUGGAGCUCCGUGAAUGUUGUUGGCAACCCUGAAUAUGAUGACCUUGUUGGAGUGCCAGACGCCAUAGCCACAGCGGAAAGGGUGUACGAAUUCAACGAAGCAGGUUUAGAGAGCUUGGAUAUGAGAGGAACUUCGGAGUAUAAAGUGCAGGAGCAUAUAUUAUCAGUGGCUUCCGAAUUGUCUCUAAACUUCAUAUCAAAACAGAAGAGGCAACAGAUAGACAAACUGAAUGUGACGAGAACGAAUGUGCAAUAUGUGUCUCAAGGGUUCAGUGACCCUUCUGCUGGCAUCAAUAAUCUGACUCAGGAUGACCUUAGGAAUAAGGCUUAUAAGAUACUUCUAAAGAUAGCCAGGAAAGGCAUAGAUGCUAACAACAUAGUGAGGAAUGCUACGCUGAUACACAGUCUUGACUUCAUCGAUUUACUAAACACCAUGACGCAACUGAACUUCGCAUCGCUCAGCAAGCUCUUCGACGACAUGGUGCUAGGGACCAGCUACGACGUCGAAACGUCGAGGAACAUCUUCCUGGAGGUGCUGCCGCAGGUCCGGACGCAUGCGUGUGCGCUGCUCGUCAAGUACCUAGUCACGGAGCAGAAGGAAAAAAUCGAAGACGCAACGAUCCUCUCCCUCGUCAGAAAGCUGCCCUUCAACGUGGCCAAUUACUCCAGCAGUCUCCUCGAAGACCUGGAAGUGUUCACCAAACUGGGCCUAGACUUCUCCAGGGAUAUACGCCACGCCGCCAUCUUGAGUUUCGCGACGCUCGCGCACAAAACUAGGAAGGCUUUGCAGCAGGAGAAACAAGAUCUCUUUGACAAUAUCGCUGUCAAAUACUUCAGGAUGUAUAGCGAUUGUCCACAAUACAUAGACCGCAUGGUAUGGCUCCAAGGUCUCUGCAACCUUGGUUACUCGGCCGACUCAUACACUAGAACUGUGUACAUGGCUAAGAAAGGAGAUAGACAUGAGCGUCUAUGGGCUGCGUUAGCUGAUGGCAGUUCAAGACCACCGCCGGCUUAUGGAUAUGGAAGAAAUGUCAAUGAUUAUUCGGUACUACAAUCAUCUCUACCAAUAAUAAUGGAUGAAACAGAACACAUACAACUUCGUAUCGCGGCUUUACACGCAUUACUUCGCUCCGACAUACGAGCCAGCGAUUUUAUAUACGUACACAAUUAUAUUAAGAACUCUGGUAAUAAUCAGUUGAAGCGUUUUUGGUAUUCUACAGUGAAAAGUCUGGAGAAAUGUAAGCUGUACAACGAAUAUAAAGCGGCGUCAUACUACGUGCCCUUCGUGGCAAGUCAGGUUUCGAACCCGGAUUCAACGUACUGGGCGACUAACAACUACAUAGUCAGUACGAAAGAUGAUGAAGUGGCUGCUGCUUUACAGUUCAUGAGUGUUGGGGAACCAACUAACGCGUUGCCGGCAUUUGCGGCCGUCAAACUGUCAACGGGCGGGCGUCGGCCGCAUCAUGUUGCCGUAUACGUAAUAGCGGAAGGCGUAACAGCGAACAUGUUCAAGAAGAUCCACACCAUCAAUGAGAAGGAGCUUAAGAUUGAGAAGCUGGUUGAAGUUCUGAGGUCCUUUAAAGUCCCUUCAACACCGCCAGAGCAGGUUCACAUUGACAUAGUAAUCAAGAUCCAUGAUAAGACGGUGUAUGCGUCGCAUGUCAACCAAUCACGGUUCGACUCUUGGAACGGAGAGGAAAUAACAAAAUCAAUAGAAGACUUUCUACGCUUCGGCAGCCAUAUAAACCAGCAAAUUGUUUACUACCCCUUCCAAAUGGAUGUCAGUAUACCUACGGAACUGGGUACUCCAAUCCGUCUGCAGUCUACAAUAAUAUCGUUCACUUCAAUCAGAGGCAACCUGACUGCUCCCUCAUCUCAAGACCUGACGUGGAGGAAUGAUUUACAUAUAAGAUACCAAGCAACGGCAGUAAGCGCCAUCAGAACACACGGGCCACUCCUAGCAUCGGAACACGAGGCGUUAAUACAAAGAUCCUUAGUGGCUCAUUUCCCUAUACGCUGUGACGUCACACUAUCACCACUUAAUAAAUCAUUCCAACUAAGAUGGCCCAACCCCGGCGGGCAGUAUGGCGGCGUGGCUAUGCACUCAAGAUUGCAAGUAAUCCUGACGUCCAAGAAUGGAAGAGACGCUUAUACUGUCACGGAAAGGAAUGACGACCAACAGGUGGACGAAACAGGAGUAUUCUUUGACUGUGAGCGACCCACGACGGUGGCAGAGAUUAUGGAGAAACUAUUUGCAACUAAAGCCAACAGUUUUGAUGUUCUAGCAACCCUUCAGCCCUCCCUAAUCCUCCUAAAUGCCCUAGUCCUCAUCACCACCCCCCCUUCAGGCUCUUGCGGCGCUCUCCUCCCCCCUCGGCCGUUAAGACCUGGACCUUCUGUGCUGGAGCUGGGCCUGCAGCUGCAACAGCUGGAAAUUGACUUUGAAGAUCGAGUAAAGAUUAAGAUGCAGCAUGAUGUAGAGUUCAAAGAAGACAAAUCCGAUGGUGAGGUAUAUCUAAAGGUCGGAGGUUACACCCAAAUGGAAAGUGUCGGUAACAAUCUGACCUUGGAUUUCUUAGUAGCUGUUCGCCAGCCUUCGGAAGACAAUGCUAGAAACUGGAAGGUCUGCAUUCACCUCCAUGACAUCUCCCACGUGACUCCAGACCAGGACUUGUCUUCCAUCCCAGCAGCUUAUGAAGGUCACAUGAGCAUGACCUUCAAUAAUGACGUGACCUUGACCUGUCCAGCUGGCUCUGGAGGUCAUCUGAGGAUGGACUAUGAGGGGAGACCGGUGGUUCAAAGUGGGAGACUCGAGAGACAUUUGAAGCUCACGGUUUUUGGAGAUCAGUUACCAAAACUCAGUGCGUCGGAUUUGGGAACACAAACUGGACAAAUACUGGGAAGUCUUCAUCAGCAGCCAUUGAACCUGACAGCUGCUGUCACGGAGAAAAAUGGCCUAGCAUUUGUGAAACUAAACAACGGGGCUGAGAUGCAGUUCCCCUCACAGAAUUUCGCCUGGAUGCUGGAUAGUUGGAGCAAUAUGCAGGUUAUGAAAAAACUAGGAAUCUAUCGUGAAUGCCGCCUAGAAGAGUCAAUCGUGGGCACACUAUCGGGCGGAAAAGACCCGUUGCCAUCAGCAUCCUGUUACGAGAUCUUAGUUCUCGCUGACUGCACCAGCGCUCCCAGAUACGCCAUCUUCCAUCAAAGGCAUAACACUGUAGAUAUCUACCGUCUAUACACCGGUGGUAACUUCGUCACCGUCAGGAGCAGCGGUGGUGACAUUACCGUCACCAUCAAUGGUGAUACGCCGUGCGAACAAGACUGCCGGUAUCCUCCGCAAGAACCUUUUUAUGAUUUCAAAGUAACCCGUCACGGAGACACAGUGAAGAUAUUCUCCCGCCUCAGCGGAGUACAACUACAUUACAAGUACAGCGAGACCGUAGUUCUCGUCCCAAGUCUCGCGCUUUAUACCAGCUGUGGGGUGUGUAGUGGGCAGCGGUAUUAUACGCAGUGUUAAAACAAUAUUUAAGUUCAGCGAGAAUGCAGUUCUCGAACUGUCAAAAGUAAUGUAAAAUACCCUAAUGCAAAAAUCGCAUGUUAAACUAACGUAAACUACUAAAAUGCAGCGAGACCGUAGUUCUCGUGCUGAGUCCCGCGCUUUCUACCAGAUGCGGCGUCUAUAGUGGUAUUAUACGCAGUGUUAAAACACUAUCACUUCAGCGAGACCGCAGUUCUCGCACUUUUAAAUUUACAUAAACCAUCGAAGUGCAAUCGAGACCGUAGUUCUUGUGACAAAUCUUGGACAUUCUAUUUGGUGUCUACUUUUUAUCCCGAGCUGGAUUCGAAUCAGCGUCCUAACUUUUACCAAACCGAUAUUUAAACCGCUCGGCCAUCGGGUCACGGUAAUAAGUGUCGAAAAUUCAAAUUAACUAACAAUUUCCGAUGUCUUGUGGCGCCCCUGCCUCCCUGUAAUUCCGUCUAGGCUAACUUUUCAGCUCCUUGAAUUAAAAAAGUCACAGUGUGGAAAUGGCACACUUUUUAUGAAUUUGUAACA